UUUCAAGAAAUAUAGCGAGCAUAAAUAACAAAAUAAUUCAAUUCCAAUCAAGGGUUAUAGUUUGGCUGCGGAACAUUUUUGUUGGGUGCAACACUCGGAAGGGAUAUACUGUAACACUGAGAGAGAAAAAAAUUGAAAUGAAACGUUUAUUCGUUUAUUUUCACAUUUACCCUGCAAAUGAAUUGAUCGGUCGCUGUAUGCAUUAACACAGACAUUUCCAGAAGCGUGCAACAUAUAUGUUCACACGGAUCCCUGAUGAAGGUGUGUAGGUAAUACUUUAAGAGCCCCGUAAGACGCCAUGUCUGAAGAGGCCCUUUCAGAAAGUGACCUGGAGGCUAGCCUUAACAGUGAAGAGGACUAUCAGGAAAAUGAUGAAGAGGAGGACAAUGGUGAUAUGGAAGAGGAGGAGGAGGAUGAUGAGGAGGAGAAGGAUGAUGAAAACUGUGGAGAUGAUGAGGAGGACAGUGUGGAAAAACUUCACAGUGCACAAAGCUGGAAUGAAAACGCUCAAGAAAGUCGGGACUCCACCUCAACUACCUCUGGAGAGCCUUCCUCGGAGCCACCGUCACGGCCUGAAUCCCAGCCGUCCUCCAGACCGACCUCUCGCUCUCAACUUCCGAGCAGCCCUGGCAAAUCAAGCCAGAGCAAGAAACGUUCCAGAAAAUCAAAGAAACAAAAAGCUUCUAAAUUAUCCAAAACUUCCAAGCCUUCAAAACGGUCCAAACCCCCCAAGCCUGCAAACAUGAGGAAAAAUAUCAGAAAGCUGCUGAAGGAGGACCAGCUGGAGGCUGGAACCAAGGCUGCUCAACAGGAAGAGAUGGAGAGGCGGAAACGUCUGGAGCAACAGAGGAAAGACUUCCCUACGCCAGCUCCAACUUUACUAGAAUCCCAACUAGUGGACCCAACUUCCAUUUUAGGAGAGGUGUCUCACUUGGUCCCCGCCCUACUCAGCAAGCAGGAUGUGAUCUGCCUGGACAGCAGCGGCGAUGAAGAUGAAAACAUGGAACCUAAACUCCCUGAACUAGGUUUUAGAGAUGAUAUAAUUGAACUCAGCUCUGGGGACGAGGAUGCCCUGCAGAUAAGCAGUGAGUCGGGGGAUGAGGAAGAUGACGGUGGCACCGCUGGCACAGAUGAGAGCAGUGGAGCGCACAUUAAUGAUGCUCUGAACUUGCCUGAUGCCCAGGGCCGCGUAAUGGUUAAUAUCAACCACCCUGCGGAGGAGAAGGACAUUUAUCUCGCUCCACAGCUGGCCAGGGCUGUCAAACCUCACCAGAUUGGUGGUAUCAGGUUUCUGUAUGAUAACCUGAUUGAGUCUCUGGAUCGAUACAAGAGCAGCAGUGGUUUUGGUUGCAUCCUCGCGCACAGUAUGGGUCUUGGCAAGACACUGCAGGUCAUUUCCUUCAUUGAAAUCCUGCUGCAGAAUACUGAGGCUCACACGGUCUUAGCCAUUGUUCCUGUGAACACACUUCAGAACUGGCUGGCAGAGUUUAACCUGUGGCUCCCACCGCAGGAAGCUAUUUCCCCUGACACAGACCCCACUUUGUUUGCCGGACGUACAUUCAAAGUUCAAAUUCUGAAUGAUGAGCACAAAACCACGAUUGUUCGGGCUAAGGUGGUGGAGGACUGGAGCCGAGAUGGAGGCGUGUUGCUGAUGGGCUAUGAGAUGUACCGCCUCCUAUCAAUGAAGAAGAGUUUUGUUACGGGCAAGAAGAGAAAAUCAAAGAAGCCCGUGGGGCCUGUCAUCAUUGAUCUAGAUGAGGAAGAUAGACAACAAGAACUCAUGAAAGGUAUCGAAAAGGCCAUUCUACGACCUGGUCCGGACGUGGUGAUUUGUGACGAGGGCCAUCGGAUUAAAAACUAUCAUGCGAGCACGUCACAGGCUCUGAAGAAUAUCCGUUCGAAGCGCAGAGUGGUCCUCACAGGUUACCCAUUACAGAACAAUCUCAUUGAAUACUGGUGCAUGGUGGAUUUCGUUAGGCCGGACUUCUUAGGCACGCGCCAGGAGUUCAGCAACAUGUUUGAACGUCCCAUUCUGAACGGGCAAUGUAUGGACAGCACGCCUCAAGAUGUUCGCUUGAUGCGUUACCGUAGCCAUGUGCUGCACAGCCUGUUGGAGGGCUUUGUCCAGAGACGUGGCCAUGAUGUUCUGCAACACCAGCUUCCCAUUAAGAUGGAGCAUGUGAUCUUGGUGCGGUUGUCUCCUAUACAAAAAGCGCUGUACACUGAGUUUAUGACUCGCUUCAGAGAGGCAGGAAACAAUGGUUGGCUUGGUCUAAACCCUCUAAAGGCCUUCUGUGUAUGCUGUAAGAUCUGGAAUCAUCCAGACGUGCUUUAUGAAGCUUUACAGAAAGAGAAUCAGGCAAACGAGCAGGACCUGGACCUUGAUGACAUCGCCGGCGGCCCCAAAGGCAAAGUGUCAGACUCGAGCAACAGCAAAGCCAAUAACAUUCCGCCCCUUCUCAAUGCCUCCCAGGAUCGAAGCAAUCAAGUCAUUACUUAUGAAUGGGCAAAGGAAAUUAUGUCGAACUACCAGGUAGGACUUCUGGAAAACUCUGCCAAAAUGGUGUUGCUCUUUCAUUUGAUCGACGAGAGCGUCAGAAGAGGAGACAAGAUUUUGGUCUUUAGUCAAAGCUUGUCCACCCUGACAGUCAUUGAAGACUUCUUAUCCAAGAGAACCAUUCCAUCACCAGACGCCGCUGCUGAGUCUCAGAACCCCAACUGGGUUCGCAAUCUCAGUUAUUAUCGACUCGAUGGGAGUACAUCUUCCUCUGAAAGGGAGCGCCUAAUCAAUCAGUUUAAUGACCCCGAGAACACCAAGUCGUUGCUGUUCUUGCUUUCUACCAGAGCGGGUUGCCUAGGUGUGAAUUUGAUUGGAGCAAACCGGGUUGUUGUGUUUGAUGCCUCCUGGAACCCGUGUCACGAUGCCCAGGCGGUGUGCAGGGUGUACCGCUAUGGUCAGAAAAAACCCUGCUACAUUUACCGUCUGGUUUGUGACUUUACCCUGGAGAAGAAGAUCUAUGAUAGACAGGUGUCCAAACAGGGCAUGUCCGACCGCGUAGUGGAUGACCUGAACCCAGCACUGAACUUUACUCGAAAGGAAGUGGAAUCACUGUUGCAUUUUGUUGAGGAGGAACCUGAAGCUAACAAGAUCAAUCUGAGGACUUUGGAAGAGUUUGAGCCAGUCAUAUAUAGAGCUUGUCAGCUUUACCCACACCUCAUCACUAAACAACCUUUCCAACAUGAGUCUCUGUUAGUGGACCGGAAGGAGUCCAAACUGACCAAAGCGGAGAAGAGAGCAGCCAAAAAGAGCUAUGAGGAUGAAAAACGAGCUUGCGUGCCCUACUCUAGACCCUCCUAUGCACCGUAUUAUCCAACCAGCAACCACGCGCUCGCUAACAUACCUGCAUUUAGCCAACGUGGCUGGCGUCCUAUCGCUCGACCUGACGACAAGCCGGUUGCAAGUGUCAGGCCCAUCCAGUCAACACCGAUCCCCAUGAUGCCUCGCCAGGUUGUCAUGGGCAUGGCGGGAGCCAGCUCACCUGGCAGUUUACCCGUCAAUUUCCUGCAGAAGGCUGGGGUUUACGUCCAGAGGAUUGUCACCACAACUGACAUUUUCAUCCCAGGAGCCAACAGCACAACAGAUGUCCAGGCUCGAAUUAGUGCUGGCGAGAGCAUCCAUGUAAUCAGAGGGUCUAAAGGUACCUACAUUAGGACAAAUGAUGGAAGAAUAUUUGCAAUUAGAUCUGGAAAAAUUAGUAGACCAACCGCCGCUGUUUCAAGAGAUAUCCAGCGCUCUGUGAUCCAUCCACUCAGUAAUGGCUGCGCCUCCCCUGGGGAGCAACUGCAGCACUCACCUGACAUGGAGCAGCAGUCCUCCUCUCCCUUGAGCUCUGAGAUUCUCCGUGAACUCAGCCACUAUGCGGCGGCGUCCACGAGCGACAGCACGAUUGGCGCGGGGAACGUUUCAUCCCCGUUGGAUGUGUCUGUCGCGGCAGCGGGAGAUGAAAGCAGUCUGAUUCCAGACCUCCGGGCGCCACUCGACGACGACCUCCUGAGCUCGGGUUUAGAGACUCAAGGUGUGAAACGCAAGCGUACUGAAAGUCAAGGCGCCGCAUUCAAACGGACUCCGACUGCAUCGCAUUUCCCCGGAUAUUCCCUAAACUCCGGUGGGCUCAGUUUUCCUCCGGUGGGUCUGAACUCUACCUCGCUGUUGGGGAGCCUGGGGCAUAUGAGUCACCCUCUUCUCAUGGGUGGAACUGGUGGAUCUUCAUUCUUUCAGACACCAGGACAAACGCUGGCAGACCUACAGACCAUGUUCCCUUCCGCACCUGGGAAUGGACAACUUCCUCCCCCGUCCACAUCAGCUCUAUCCACAGUACUCUCCUCGUCUUCGAACGUCAUUCCCAUGUCAUCGGCAUCAUCAGCCCCAACUACUUCCUCACUGGCAUCGGGUUCUCUGCCGCCAUACUUGAUGAACCCCAAUGUGGCGGGCCUGCUUUCGUCAAGCUUCCCUCUCAACUACGGCCAGUCCUUGCUCCCUGAGCCCCGGAUGUUCUCCGCCCCUCUUCUCUCCGGGUCGGCAGGAUUCCCCGCACCAAACUCCGCUUCAAAUGCGUCCAGCUUCCUCUCCCAUUUCAACAAUCCCACUUCCAGCCUGUUGGGGGCGGCUCUGACUCAACCGGACAGAUAUCAGAGCGCAGAGAAUGGAGGCGAUAGUUCAGAUGAUGAUGUCAUAGAGGUGACGGGACACUGAAGACUCACAUUGGGGCACUUGGACAUAAAGGUCAAUAAUGGCGAGACUGAUAAGAAUGGGAUGAGAUUUGAUUACUUGUAGUCCUUCUGCUAAAAAUGACCCUGGCAUUCUAAUAAUUUUUUUAAUACCUUCCUUGUUUCUGAUAAACAGCAUCAUUUAAUUAUUCCAGGAUGCUCAUAUUUUGGCCAUUCAAAGAUCCAUAGUUCUUUUUGCACUCCCUGUCACAACAGCUACAUAAAGACAUAUACCUGGUGGACAAGAGAAUCCUCUUGUACCUUUAAAGUACAAAAUCUUUAUACCGAAUAAAACUGCCUUUCGUACUGGAUUUGCUGUGAAAUGGACCAAGUGUUUUAGCAGCACUCACUGGCUGAAUUUCCAGCAGUGUUCUCGCCCCAGCAGUUUGUUUCAUAUCGCACGCACACAAUUAAACUCAGUGGCCACAGACUAUUUUCACAGCCCAGCCAAUAUCCAUCCAGAAACAUUAUUUCAGGAAUAUUUCAGUCUGCAAAACUGUGUAGCAUCCCCUAAUGAGAUUGUGGUUCUAUGACUCAUCAUGUAGAUAUUUGUACAUAGCAGUUAUUGUCAUUGUUUAUAUUUCCAGUAAAUACUGUGCAGUGUGUAGGGAGGUGUCUAAUUACAGCAUCUAUGAAGAUAAACGUUGCUUUGUUUUGGGUUUGGGAAGUUACUCUUCCCCCCCAUUAUUGCUGAAAUGAAUGUAUUUUAACCUGCCCUCAGUAACACACUCUGUUUUUUCAUAUUUAGCCUUAAAAAAACACAAAGAGGUCUUGAGUGUUCCGAUUUUAACUUGGUACAUGUUUUUUUUACCAUUGUGAUAACAAAACCAAUUGUGUCAAAGACAACGCACAGAUAUCCACUCAUUUGACAUAUGCUGAGCCUUGCUGAAAGCAAACUUUCCCCACCACGGUCUGAGUGUUUAUUCACUGUCAACGUCAGCACCAGAACAUUCACACUCACACCCACGCCCACCAGUGACUGUGGCAGAGCCAGCCGGGCCAGGUGGAGUUGAGGCCUUAGCCGGCUGACCAUUGGCAUCUUGUGUAAGUAGUUUUUGUCAGUGGUGUUUAGGCCUCUGCUGCUCUCUAGCCUUGUGUCUUUCAUAUUGUGAUGAGACCUCACUGGUGUUUAGAUUUUGGAAUUGUGUUUGCAAACAGGUUGACACAGUGGUUUUAUCAGUCUUUAGACAUAAAACAGGAAAGCAUGAGACUAACCAACAUAACCUGUAAAUAUAAUUUUUUCAGUAGACUGGUGGAAACUUUUUAAGCGUCAUGUAAAACAGCUCUGAGGGUGAUUAUGGAAAAGAUGCAGAUCCCAUGUCUAUUUGUAUUCUCGUUAGAAUUUGAAGUUGGACAAUUUGAAGUUGAAUAUCAUCGCUUUAUGUUUAAAUUUGUUGUUAAAUGUCCAGUUAAAUCAUUUUUAUGGGUUGGAUAUUAAUUUUUUUUUUUAACUUUUAUAAUUUUGUAAUGUACUCUUAAUGGUAGCUUUCCUCAUUUCAGUGUUUGUACUGUAUGAAAUGUAUUUAUUUUGUUUUUGUUUUUUAAUUUACCUUGUGUUCACUCUGAUGGCUGAUCUACAUACCACCUAGACAAAAGCAGAAAAUGACUGUGUUAUCAAUGUUAUUUUAAAAAUAAAACACUCUUCGAUCGUGCAAAUGC